UUGAUCGAAUUUCUACGACAAGAGUGGCCACGGACACUCUAUUUGUGUCGAAAUAGCCUGCUUGAGAGACGCCUAGCCGCUAGCCUCCCUACUAGUUCCCGUACCUGAAUCAGCCACAUUCCAAGAUAUACCCCCAAUACGAGUAAUCCAAAUGUCCAGCCAUCAGUCCUUUCCCCAAUUUCCCCGACUUCCUGCAGAAAUUAGACGCCUAAUCUGGAUUCAUGCCCUACCUAGAGGCCGUAUCCAACUCUUUGCCAAGAAUGUCCCUUGGGAAAACUGGCGUCUAUUACCGCCACUUAUUGCUCAUGUCAGCCAAGAAUCACGAGAAGUCGCUAUUAACAACUCAGUUGUUCGAGGCUUCCCAACCGCGGAGGACGUUCAGACUACCACGUGGUUCAUAGGCUCUCGAGACAUCCUCGAACUCCAUAGCGGUUAUCCGUAUCCAUUAUCGAAUCCAGAACCCUUCUUCUCUGCAGCGGAGAGAAUAGCUAUUAACGCUGGCGAUUUCGAAGGGGAAAUUGAAGUGGUUGUUAGAGACUUGAUCGAGGGACACCGCUUUCACAGCGUGAAGAUGGUUUAUUUAAUAGUCGAUCAAAUUGAGACAGCAUACUGGCCUAGAUUUAGACCAGAUAUAACCGAACAAGACAAGGGAAAAGGGUCGAUUCUUGACUUAUGCAGUGACGAGGAUCAAAAGAAAAUCGAUGCAUAUAAGACAUGGGCUCGCUUCCAGGAGAUGUCGCCUGUAUUCCCUCGACGUGACGAGGUGGAACUCGCUCUCAGAUCAAGUUUGGAUAAGGUCAUAUUGGACGAGAUUCGUGGUUACCAUGAGAGAUUAUUACAUCAGGGCAGACACCUCGAAGAUGCGGCCAGGGGAUCAUUCCCUACGAAUACACCCAUUAGUUCGGAUCAUCCGUGGAUACUUCAGCAGUGGAGGCGGUUGCCCGAAUUCCGGCCAGCACUUUUGGUUUUAGGAUGGCGAUAAAGGGGAAAAUGGUUAACGAAACGGCAGAACGAUUAGGAUGGAAUACACAGCCAGAUUGUGACAUAGAUGUUCAUCAUUCCCCCACGAUUAAUUUCAUGGUGCACCUAGCCUUCAAUUACUUAAUACGUUGGACUGUUAUAUAUAAUCAAGAUAAUUCUGGAUGAUACCUAGGUACUUAAGUACCUUGACGAAAUACUUACACACGGAGUAGUACAAGCGGAGUAACUCUCCUGUGGCUUGCAUCUGUGGCUGGCUGAGUUGGUGGGUAAUCAAGGAUGAUCCAAUCAAAGUGAGACCGGCCUUCCCGACACGUUCAAGGUUCCUCCCUUUCCAUUUUGAAGGAUUUAGCGGAGUUUUCCCGUGCCGAGGUGGGAUAGGUGGCUUGCUCGCUCACCUCCCC